GCUGCUUCGCCUCAUGACUGCUUUGUGGAUGCAACACAUUCCUGGAGAAAGUGGCCUCAGGAAAGGCAGCCUUCUCUUCCCUGCUUCUUCCCUAAAUUAUAUGGGAAGAGGAUCCCACGUCCAAAUCUCUCACCUCUGCUACGUGUUGUGUGACCUGUGGCCCAGGGACACCACCUCACUGAGCGUCAGUUGUUUCCCUGAUAAAAAAGGAAGUGGGGGAGGGAUAGUAACAGUACCUGCCAGGUUUGUGGCAGAAUUAGAAGGUAUGGCUUGUGCAAAAUACAGAUGAGGGGGCGCACAUCAGCGAAUGCCUCUCCUUCUCCCCCAGGAAGGGGCGAGACGAAGCCUUCCUGCUUGCCCACUGAGCAUCUCAGACCCUCCAGAGGGCAGACCGUGCACUGUCUGGAAGUGAAUCCUCUCCUACAGGCUCUGCAUCGCUGCUGGAGGUGGCAUGGCCAACUUGUGCAAACGUGUGUGACUUGGGAGGAAGCCCGGGAGAUACCUGACCGGACUUGGGGCCGAAACCCUGCCGGGCAGCACCUCCGUGGAUGCCCUGCUGCCCUCUGGCUCCCUGCGUCUUCCUGUUUCCCUCUCAGCAACCCCAGCCUGCAGGCCCCAAGUGUGUGGACAUCCCCCCUCUCCCUCUCCUGCGUGCCCUUUUCCUCUGGCCCCUCCUUGCCUCUCCUGCUUCUCUCCUGCCACAGCCCCACCCCUCCAAUAAUCCGGAGCCCUGUGGGAUGGAAUGCCGGGUGGUACCUCUGGGGCUGCCGCCUUUCCAGGAGCGUGCUGCCUGGCUUCUCUACUUGGCCAGCUCCCAGCCACCCUUAAGCUUCUGGCUCAGCAUCACCGUUUUCGGGAAGCGUGGACAUCGCCUCUCUUCAUCAUGCCCCUCGGCCUUGGAGGAUCUUCCUGUGUCACCUGGGAUGUCCCACUGCUCCCGUUGGAUGGGUGGCAUUCCAUAUUUGAGGAACAGGUGAACGAAUGAGUGAAUGAACAAACACAUGGGCUGAUUCGCAUUUUUAUCCUGCCAACCAUGGAGUCCUCAGACACUUGUACCCUCUACGCUGGCCCGUCACGCAGCCAUCGCUGCCUCUGUCCACCUCGGUCAUAUACACAUGCCAUCUUAGCAACUCUCCUGCUAUAGCUCAGCACUCAGUAGAACUUUCCCUGGUGAUGGAGAUGUUCUGUCUGCACAUACCAGUAUGGUAGCCACUAGCCACGUGUGUCUGUGGAACCUUCGAAAUGUGGUUAGGAUGAGCGAGGAAUUUAAUUUCAUUGUAAUUAAUUGAUAUUUAAAUUCACAGCCAUGUGCUCUGAGUGGCUACUGUGCUGUACAGCACAGCUAAGUUCCCACGUUAAUGCCUUCAUUGCAUACGGUCUCUUGACCGAGAGAUCACUGUCCACAGUUUGAAGCCCAAAUUCUUACAUCCCCGCGCGAUCCAACCCCUGAACCACUUUCCGCUCCCAUCUGGGCAGUGGUGGAGACCAACCGUGAUUGCAAGUAUGGCCUCGGGAGCCAAGCAGCUUGGGUUCGAAGCUCAGCUCCAGGGUGCUGAAAAGAAAGGCAAGGAACUAUUCUGAGCACCACGACGGACAUGAUCGGAGUCCCGGUGAGAUAGGUAUUAUAAUUCCUAUUUUUCAAGAUCAGGCCACUGAGGGUCUGAGAUUUAAGCAAGCGGCUCAGACACUCUGCUGCCAGAAGCGGAGCUGGAGAGGGAGCUGGAGAUAAGAGUAAGACGGUUAAAGACUGACCAGGACUCCCGGCUGCGGAAUUUGACCUUUGACCAAAGAUAAGUAAGGCCAGUACAGUGCGAAGAGACACCGGCCUCUUGUGGCAUCUGGAGGAAAAGAGAUGUAAGCAAAGGAAGCUGCAGGAAAGCAGAAAGGAGAGAAAAGGAGGAGCCGAGCAGUUGCCUGGAACACAUCGGAGUGUCUGCUCACCGUCCACAUCGCCACCGCCCAGCGCCCCAUGCGAUGGAUGUCAUAUUUGGCAGAAAUAAGAAGGAGCAGCUGGAACCUGUGAGGGCCCAAGUGACAGGCAGGAUUCCAUCAUGGCUGCAGGGCACUCUGCUUCGCAAUGGGCCCGGAAUGCACACAGUGGGGGAGACCAGAUACAACCACUGGUUUGAUGGCCUGGCUUUGCUCCACAGUUUCACGAUUAGAGACGGUGAAGUCUAUUACAGGAGCAAAUACCUGAGAAGUGAUACCUACAAUGCCAACACCAAGGCCAACAGGAUUGUGGUGUCAGAGUUUGGAACGAUGGCCCAUCCAGACCCCUGCAAAAACAUAUUUUCCAAAGCUUUUUCCUACUUGUCCCAUACCAUCCCUGAUUUCACAGACAACUGCCUGAUAAACAUCAUGAAGUGUGGAGAAGACUUCUAUGCGACCACAGAGACCAAUUACAUCAGGAAAAUCAACCCACAGACUCUGGAAACCCUGGAGAAGGUGGAUUAUCGCAAUUACGUGGCGGUAAAUCUGGCAACAUCGCAUCCUCAUUAUGAUGCGGCUGGAAAUGUUCUUAAUAUGGGCACAUCCAUCAUGGACAAGGGGAAGACAAAAUAUGUGAUCUUUAAGAUCCCUGCCACAGUACCAGAGGACACGAAGGGGAAGAACCCGUUGAAGCACACAGAGGUGUUCGGUUCCAUCACCUCCCGCUCGCUCCUCUCCCCGAGCUAUUACCACAGCUUCGGAGUCACCGAGAACUACAUCGUUUUCCUCGAGCAGCCUUUCAAGCUGGACGUCCUCAAGAUGUCAACUGCGUACAUCCGGGGAGUGAACUGGGCUUCCUGCCUGGCUUUCCACAGGGAGGACCAGACUUACAUUCACAUCGUCGACCAAAGGACUGGGAAGCCCGUGCCGACCAAGUUUUACACGGACCCCAUGGUGGUGUUUCAUCACGUCAACGCCUACGAAGAGGACGGCUGCCUUGUGUUUGACGUCAUCGCCUACGAGGACGGCAGCCUUUAUCAGCUCUUCUACUUGGCCAACCUGAACCAGGACUUGGAGGAGAACUCCAGGCUUACCUCCAUUCCCACCCUCCGGAGGUUCGCCGUGCCCCUCGACGUGGACAAGAAUGCAGCAGUGGGAUCAAAUGUAGUCAGACUGGCAUCCACAACGGCAAGAGCCCUGAAGGAAAAAGAUGACCGAGUCUACUGCCUGCCGGAGCUGCUUUAUGAAGGCUUAGAGCUGCCUCGGAUCAAUUAUGCUCACAACGGGAAGCCCUACCGCUAUGUCUUUGCGGCCGAAGUUCACUGGAGUCCCAUCCCAACCAAGAUCCUGAAAUACGACAUUCUCACAAAGUCAUCCUUAAAAUGGGGACAGGAGCACUGCUGGCCAGCAGAACCCCUGUUUGUCCCCAUGCCGGGUGCCAAGGACGAGGAUGACGGAAUUGUCUUAUCAGCCAUCGUCUCUACCGAUCCCCAAAUGCUUCCUUUUCUGCUUGUUCUGGAUGCCAAAAGUUUCACAGAACUGGCUCGUGCGUCCAUUGAUGCAGAGGUGCUCCUGGAUCUCCACGGGUUAUUCAUCCCGGACGCAGACGGGGACGCAAGGGAGCAGGCCCCUUCCCAGGAACAGCCGGACAGGGUUCCAGACUGCCAUGUGGCCCCAUGGACCUGAGUGGGUUGGGCCUAUGGGCUCACUUCCUCUCUGGGCGAAGGGGGAUCCUUCAUUUCCUUUUGACCUUAUGCUUUCUGCGGUGGCUUUGAGACAAAGGUAUGGAAAUAGUGUCUUUUCUUUCGUCGUAUUUUGGCCCCAAAACCAUUGUUUGAAAGUGGAUCAAAUAUGUAUUGAUUAGCUUAAGCAUUUCCAAGAAAGCCCUUUUCCUUUCUUAUAAAACCAUGCCCAGAAAUUGUAUUAAGGCACAUAAUCAUCCUUCUUAGAAUGAGCAACCACUGAUGUACCAGAGAAGAGGCAGGUAACUAUUUGUCAUUGCUCCUUCCUCCUGCCCCUCAUCUCCCUCUUUCCAGUAGACUAGACUGUGCAUCUGGGAGAUCUAGAUUUCUCAACCAUGCGUUGUUAGUAAAAAUCUGUGGCCAGGAAGGCAUAUAUCCUUGUGGUCAUUCCAUGCAAGGCAUGGCAUAAUAUAAAAUAAUGAAAGUGUUAAAGUCUGUUCCAACCUUAUUUAAUUUUUACGUGGCUUCUUUUCUCUGAAGUUCUUCUGAGGCAAUAAAAUAGAGUGCAGUUCAUAGCCAGCCAGAUGCCCCAGUACAACAGAUUGAGACAGCAGAUUGGUGUGGCAGUCCCCUUUGCAGGAGAGGGUUAAGGAGCUGGAUGGUGACCCAACUAGCCAUGGCCAAGGGGCUAGAAUCCAGGACCAAGGCCCAGGCCAGGGCUGGCAUGAGGAGUUCUUGCCUAAUGCUGAGAACCAGGGCAGGGAGCCCUGCCAGUGUUUGUAGGGGAGAGAAGGCUCCCCAAGCUUAAUGUGCUACCAGGAUAGACCAGGUGUUUGGGCAGAGAUGGAAGGAGGUUGGUAGUAGGGAUGAUGGAAGCUUGGAACACGCCAAGAAGCGUCCCACGUGAGUACUGGGAACCCCAUGGACAUUUGAGUCUCACCUUUAUAGCCCAGUGGGUUUGUGGUAUAGAGACCCAAAGGCAGGCAAGAUAAUCCCCAAGGACCCAUGUCAUAGGGUCAGAGAAGCUGGGAUUCCACCCUUAUUCUGCACCUGCCUCCUCUCCUAAAUCUGGAUUUCACUCAGUCACCAGUAGAGAUUCAGUGACAUGUAUUGAGACAGGAAGGAAUGAAUCUCUGGUGACAUUGCAUGGAAUACCCCAGAGCGGGCAGAGCUCUGAAGGAUGGUCUGGACUUUUACCCUGCAAAAACACCAUGAAGCCAUACUUAGCUCCCACUGAAAUGCAGGGUCCAUCAGGUCUGGGGGUUGGGUUUUGUUUUGAGGGUGUUUUUUGGACAUUUUUAUUUAAAUAAUUGAAGAUUCAUGUACGCGUGUAAGAAAUAAUACAAAAGAGAUCCCUCGUGGACUUUACCCAUUUUUUCCAAUGGUAACAUUAUAGUAUAGUUAUCACAACCAGGAUAUGACAUUGAUUCUGUCCACAGAUCUUUUUCAGAUCCCCCCGGUUUUGUUUGUAUUCGUUGGUGUGCGUGCUUAGUUCUACGCAAUUUUAUCAUGCGUGUAGAUUCCUUAUUCCACCACCAUGAUCGAGAUACCAAAUGGCACAUCAAGACAAGGAUUCCGUGGGGUGCUUUCUUAUCACUAUACCUACCUGUCUCCCACCAUGACCUUCCCCCAUCCCUAACCCAUGGCAACCACCAUUUCUAAAAUUUUAUCAUUUGAAAACUGCUAUAUCAAUGGAAUCACCAGUAUUAACUGUUGGGGAUUGACUCUUCUCCACAGAAUUGCUUGCAGAUUCUUCCACAUUGUUCUAUGUUGGGUGUGUUUUGUUUACUACUGUAUCUUCAGCACCUAGAACACUGCCUGGUGCCUCACAGGCUCUCAAUAAUAAAUAUUUGUUGAGUGAU